AUGGCGGAGUUUAGUGAUAUGCCAGCAGAGAUACGCAACAUGGUUUACGAGUCACUAUUUUCCCCGUCGCAAUCCCAAGACAUCGUUGAGCAGCUCUGCAGCAAUCGUAACGCAUUCUCCCUCUUCACUGUUUCCAAGCAAAUACACGACGAAACAACAUCCUACUUUUAUCAAAACAACAAUAUCAACAUCCACACACCGUCGCAGCCAACUGAGACUGCUACUAUUUUACCUCCCAUUGCCGAUAGGUAUCUUCGGUUUCUCGGCCGCGUCAGGGUGCUGGCCACAAUCGGCGCUGCAGAGUCAAGCACACACGCCAAAGUAGCCAACACCAUCGCAUCCCUAGCGACUAUCGGUGCAAAGUUCGAACAUGUCAACAUUUUCAUCAACUCCUCGCUCUCUCGGCUGGUUAAUAAAAUGGUCGAUGAUUCGAUCCUGGACGACGAUCAUCCAAUCACCGUUGCCUUGCAGAAGUUGCUCGACUCUGGAGUUGCUAAGGUUGUGCGUGUUUCUCUCCCUGGCGCUUGGUUAACGCCCAGUGUCGCCCAGCAUCUCAAGAGCCAAUAUGGAGAUCGCCUUCUCUUCAUUAACCCAGAUGGAUCACCCUGUGAUGUGGCAUGUGUAGAGAAGUCAAAGACCGGUGUCCAUAUAACCAGACACAUGGCUACACUAGGCCUUGACAUGGAACAUGCCUAUUCUGACGACGACGGCGACGACGAAGACGACCAAUCAACUCCUUCCUCGAUCACAUCGUCAUUCGGCUCAGCGUUGGCAGAUCUGGAUACGUUCUCCGUCACAAGCUACGAGGCCAGCCCCGAAGAUACUAAGAAUGAUGACUCAACGGGUGACUCUGCAAGUGGCGACUCUUUCUUUUCCGAAGCUGAACUAGAAGAGUGGGAAAACUCCGAUGAAGAUGAUGUGCAAGAAGCAUCGUCACAGCCCGAGGACGUUGAAAUUGACGUUGAGGAGGAGCUUGACGAAGAGCUUGACGGCAUGUCCGACGAUGGCUUUGAUACCGUCAUGGGUAACAUGGACGAUAUCUCGUACCUGGUCAAUUUCGCACCGGAGUUGCUCCUGGCUCGACACACUUUCGAUCACUAG